AUGUCUUGGAAUAUUGAUGAGCUUGAUGCAUUACUAGAAGCUCCAUUCCAGGAAAAGCAGCUGUCAUCAAAUGACAAGCUAUCUGGAGACACGACCAGAAGCUCUUCUCCUUCUCCAUCCAAAGGAAAAAGUAGAUAUCAGGAUGAUGACUAUUUUAGGUCUCCCAGGCCAUCAUCAUCUACCUCCUCAUCGUCAAAGAGAGACUAUUCACGAGAAAGACCUUCUGCUUCAAAGGAGAGGACUUCUGACCCAUAUUCUAGAAGAAGAAGACGUUCUAGAUCUCGCUCACGCUGUCGAGUAGAAACCGCUAAAAGAGAUGAUCCCCCCAGCGGAGCCAUUCGCAAACGAGCUCGAUCUCCCUCUCCCGAGCUUACAGAAGGCGAACGAGAUCGAAGAACUGUAUUUGUGCAGCAACUUGCUGUGCGUCUGCGCGAAACCGAGCUCCGUGAAUUCUUCAGUAAGGUUGGAAAAGUCCGCCAAGUCAAAAUUGUGUCGGAUAGAAUCACUGGGCGAUCCAAAGGCUUUGGGUACGUCGAGUUCAGAGACGAGCCUUCGGUUCCUUUGGCAAUUCUGCUUUCAGGACAUAAAUUAUUGGGUAUCCCCAUUUUGGUUUCAAAUACGGAAACAGAGAAAAACAGGCUUGCCGAAGAGGCCGCAGCCAUGUGUUCAUCUCGCUCAUCCUCCGAGUCGGCAAGGACAAUUCUACCACCGCCCACUCAGAAUCAGCCUGCUGCAUCUUCAGCUGCCUCGAGAGCAGAAAAAAAAGGCCCCGCCUCGCAGUUCAAGAGGCUGUUUAUCUCAUCCAUCCAUCCAGAUGUGGACGAGCAUAUGUUGACGCCAAUAUUUUCUGCCUAUGGCCGAAUAGACAAUCUUUCUUUGCUGGUCGAUCCGGUCUCCAAAAGGUCCAAGGGCGCUGCCGUUGUUUCUUUCCGUGAUCAUGUCGAUGCCAAAAAGGCCAUUGAGCAGCUAGAUGGGGUUGAGAUUGCCGGUAAAGCUAUCAAAAUCACCGUCGCCUCCGAUGCCCAAAUGAGGGCGUUGGCAGAUGAUUCGGAAGCCACGGUGGCUCUCUCGAUGACGCCUCAAGCGCGUGCCGAAUUGAUGAUGAGAUUAUCACGGGAUUCCGACCUUUCGACAUCCACUCAUUUGACGCAAAAUUACUUUAAAGAAAACCCCGUGUUUUACAUCUUGCUUUCUAACCUUUACGACCCGAUUGCAGAAUCAUCCAGCUCGGCAACCUGGAAAGCCGAUCUUGCCGAUGAUAUUCACGAUGAGUGCUCAAAGUUUGGAGCGCUCGUUGGGCGUCCCGUCGUGCUUGGAAAUACGCAAGGAGAAGUUCUGCUUCAAUAUUCCGACCUUGCAGCGUCUCAAUUGGCCGUUGCUGCGUUGCAAGGCAGAUGGUUUGGCGGCCGCCAAAUCCGCGCAUCCGUUAUUUCUUCACAAACGUACCAGCAAAAAAUGGCGUCCUCAAAAUAG